AUGGCAUCGCAGCAGCAGCAGUCGGUGGGCUUCGAGGACUACCUCCCGGUGAUGGCGGAGCGGCUGGGCGAGGAGGGCCUGAUGCAGGAACUUGCCUCCGGGUUCCGGCUGCUGCAGGACCCGGCGCUGGGCCUCAUCACCUUCGCCAGCCUCCGCCGCAACGCGCCGCUGCUCGGCCUCGGCGGCAUGUCCGACGACGACCUCCGCGGGAUGCUCGCCGAGGGCGACUUCGACGGCGACGGCGCGCUGAGCGAGAUGGAGUUCUGCGUGCUCAUGGUCAGGCUCAGCCCCGAGCUCAUGGACGAGCCCCGCAGGUGGCUCGACGACGCCGUCGCCCAGGCGUCACAGUUCCUCUUCACCAGUUAGAGGAGGAGCACUAGUAGUAGAGGUCGUUUUUCUUUGGUGAUUCUUCAAUCCGUUGUUCAUAGUCAGGAUUAUUUCAAGAAGGCAGGCAGGCACUGUCGGUUGGAUCACGGAAUUCCACUUGUACUCUCUGAAUUAAUCGACAUAAGCCUGUCCAGUUUCACUACAUGUG